AGUCACGUCAGUCGUCUUUGUCAGCGGUGUUAUUUUUGAGAUUCAAAGAUGGCGGAACACGUGCAUCACAAUCUGGAGGGAAUGCUCCCUGAACUUGAAGAAAUGGAGAGGUUGAAUGUAUUCUCUAGAAAGGAAAUUAGAUCUAUAAUAAAGAAAAGGACUGAUUUUGAAUAUCGCUUACAAAAACACGCUCCAGAAAAACAAGAUUUUAUCCGAUAUAUCCAAUAUGAGAUCAACCUGGAUACAUUAAAAAAGAAAAGAAAGCUGAACAUUGGUUUGAAGAAAAAUACAAAGGGUGAAUACGAAAUGGUCAGACGAUUGCAUGCACUAUUCAAGAAAGCACUCCAGAAAUUUAAGCAUGACACAAAGCUCUGGCUGCAGUAUAUUGAAUAUUGCAAAAAAGCAGGCAGCACAAAGUCUCUUAAUAAAGUAUUUGGUCAACUUCUACAGUAUCAUCCACAUAACCCUACUUUUUGGGUUAUGGCUGCCAAGUGGGAGUUUGAAGACAGCAAGAACACUUCUGCUGCCAGAGCACUGCUUCAAAGAGGACUGCGAAUGAACUCUGAAUCAAAACUACUGUGGCUUGAGUAUUUUAGAAUGGAAAUGUUGCAUGUUGACAAGGUUAUGAAGCGUAGGAGCAUUCUUGGACUUGCAGACAUGAAUGAGGAUGACGAUAUUCAAGUGACAGAUGCAUUUCUUGCUGGUAAAGCAGCCGAGAUUGUGUUCAAGAAAGCAAUCCAAGAAAUACCAGAUGAUUUUGACUUUAGGUUGUCUUUCCUCAAAAUAUAUCAAUUGUUUCAAAACACUAAAGCAGGCCAGGAUCUUAUAUUUGAAAGUCUAAAGGAAGACUUUGGUGAUACAGAAGAAUACUGGAAUGCCUUGGCGGGCCGGUCAAUGGAUGAUUUAUACACCAAAUACAAGAAAGAAUGUGAUCCCAGUAASGCUGUAAGUGAAAGGGACAAAAUUUUUAAUGAAGCAGUUGAAAAAUUACCAACAGAGAAGAUGUGGGACUAUUACAUAAGUGCACUGUCAGACCACAUUGAAGUAAAUUCCAGUAUGAACCACCAGGGUGUUGAAAAGUGUUUAAACGUCUGUGAAGCUGCAAACAAGAAAAAGUUGCUGUCAUCGCAUAGCUUYAAAACAAUGGUACGUUUGCUGUUGAUGACAGGUGACACUGAGAAGGCUCUUCGUGUGUCAAGGGAACGGACAUCAUUGAAUUGUACAACAGACAUAUACUUUGAAUAUUUAAGACUUCUUACCAUACAUGAAUCAGAUAACGACAAAAUCACUGAGGAAUUCUGGAAAGCCCUUUCAGUCAUUGCAGCAUCUGAAUCGCUGCUAGUGUGGCAAUUGUUUCUCGAUUGGAGUAUAUCCAAAAACAAAGAUAAUGUUGCAACUAUUUUUGAGAAAUGCUUAGAGUCAGAUUGA